AAAGUGCCUAAUUCUCCACCCUAUUCGCUUUUGAUGGAGCUUUCUAUCGACCAAUUGAUAAAAUGUGCUCUUCUGAGGGCGGGAAUAGGGAAAUUUAUAAUUUUGUUUUCGGGGGGGGAGGGACUUCCUUCAGGGUAGCAGUUGGAUGGCAGGCAGCUGCUGGGCUGACACGUAACUAAAGUUAAAGGUGCUGUGGAGGCCUCGUAGGGGGACUUGAGGAUUUACUUCUUUCUUAAGCGUCUUUGAGUUGCGUCGGAAAAAGUAGAAGCGUACAAGGUGAAACGAAGAACUGCGGUAUGGUCGUCUGCCUCGGUUGUUUUUGCACGUGAACAGGAGCGAGCCGCGAGCAGGAGUUUGACGUGAAGUCAAGAAAAUCUGAGCGGCGACUUUGAAGUCACAGGGGAGAUUCGUGAGUUGAUGUGGCUAUGCUAAGAUAAUGUACACACUGGGAAGUGUUAGCACUUCACUUGUUUUGUUUUUAGCUUAGAAAUGCUGGAGUGCGGGGAGGGGGGGUUUCCUUAGUCUACACCAGGAGGUAAAAAAGUUGUGUCGGAAGUUUCCAGCAGCAGAGACGGGGCUUCCUCGAGCAGACAGCGGGGAGGGGUGUGGGUCCAACAUGGGGAACGGGGUGUGCUCCCGCAGGCAGCGCAGGAUCUUUCAGUGUCUCCUGUUGCUCACCGUGGUCUGCGGGAUGAUGUACGGGGGGAUGAUAUCGUAUGAGAUGCACAGACAGCUCAAGAGGACGGAGGCGAUGGCGCUGAAGUACCAGCAACACCAAGAGUCUCUCUCGGCGCAGCUCCAAGUGGUGUACGAGCAUCGCUCCAGGUUAGAGAAGUCUCUUCAAAAGGAGAGGCUGGAGCACAAAAAGGCCAAAGAAGAUUAUUUGGUUUAUAAAGUAGAAGCACAACAGUCAAUCAACAAGGAGAAGCAAGACUCCAACAGCAGGUUCAACUCUCUCCAAGUGCAGCAUCAGAUGCUAAAGAAUCAGCAUGACGACCUGAAGAAGCAGUAUUACGAGCUUCAGGACCAGCACCAAGUCCAGGGCGAGGACCACAACCGACUGCUGGAUGAACACAGAGUGCACUUAGAGAAACUGCAGCAAACCAAAGAGGUGGAGGUCUCCCAGCUGAAAGAUAGUGUAUAUAACUUAAGAGAGGAAAAUAAACAGCUGAGGAAAGCCCACCACGACAUCCACACACAACUACAGGAUGCACAGAUUCGGCAUCAGGAUCUGAAGACAUCCCACGACCUGCUCGCACUGACACUGGAAGACCACAAGAGUGCGCUGGCUGCAGCACAGGUGCAGGUGGAUCAGUACAAGGAACUGAAAGAAUCUAUCAACAGGGUGCCUAAUCCAAGAGAGCCUGAAAGACACCCCUCACCUUUGCAGCCACAAGCAGCUGCCAUAGCACCCCAGCCCCAUGUCCAUGAAGGCCAGCAGGCCAACAUACUGGAUCAGGCACACAAAGAUGAGCCAGCCCACCAGGAAGACCAUCAGGACACUGAGUCCAGGUUACAGCAUCAAGAAGAAGAGGCACAUGCUCAGUCCCAGCAUGCAUUGUCAGAAAAAGAGGAGGAUGGAGAGGGAGAAGCAGAGAGGAAGAGGGAGCUGGCAGAGGAGGAGAUGGCUCAAGCUGGACAGCCUCAAAAGCUGGAGGAAGACCCCGAUCAGCCUCAGGACGAGCAACAGGAGGAAGCGGAGGAGCCUGAGCCGGAACAGCCAGAUGAGAAUGCCCUGGAUCAACAAAGACACCAGCCACAACCGGUUCCCCCUCAUCCUGAACACGAGGCCCACGCGCAGGUCGCACGUGUAAAAUCAGCAUACGAGCAGCAGCAGGAGCAGCAGCGUCUGGAGGCUCAGAGGGCCCAGGAGCGCAGGCAGAUCCAGCUGCAGCAGGAGGCCCUGCAGGCCCAGAGAGAAAGGGUGCUCAAGGAGAGGGCACAGAGGCUUAAGGCGGAACAGGAGAGGGAGCAUCAGCAAAACAAGGAGCUCGACAGAAGGGAGCAGCUGAUGAGAGAGGAACACCUAAGGAAGAGGACAGAGUAUGAGAAUAUGGACAACGACAUUGUUCAGGGAGAGGAGGGCCGGCACACUGAUGAUGAAGAAGAGAGAGAUGUUCACAUGUUACGCGAGGAGGAGGAGGAGGGACAAGACGCAGAUCACAGAGUGCCUCCACAUCAGCAGGGUGCUGCAGAGGGUGAGCUGGACCCUGAGGAUGACCCCAACAACCAAGGGGAAGAUGAGUUUGAAGAGGCAGAGGAUGAGCGACCGCAGAACAGGGUCACAGUAGAGGAAGAGGAGGUGGGAGAGGAGGAGGAGGAGCCUGCAGCUCCAGCACAGCACAUAGACACACACAAGAGGCCUGAACAACCUGCCGUGGAGGAAGAACUAGUGAUGGCCGGAAACCCAGAUCAACAAGAAGACACACUGGAUGACCAGUAUCAGGAGGAAGUAGAGGACGAGGCCCAGGAGGACAUAGCUGGUGGGCCGAAGAGAGAGGACGAGGUGGAGGAAGAAGGUGAAGAUCCAUACAACGAGGAUAACUUAGAACAGGAUGAAGUUAAAAACCAAGAAGGACCAAGAAAGGAAGGGCCUCAUGGUAAAGGACCAGAGAAUAACGAGGAAGAGAACUAUGAAGAGGAAGAGGAGGAAGCAGAAGAUGACACAGCUGGUCAUGACAAGGGAACCAAUCGGAGGGCAGAGAUGUGAGGCGGAUAUAGACUUGGACCCGUUGCAGUGCCUUUUCAGCUGCCCGUGGAGCCUAUCGGGUCUUUGCUUCACUUUUCUUUCCAAAGGAAUAAUCCCAGCCAUCUACUCAAAAGCCUUGUAUGGAAAAAUUGUGAUCUGAUGUCUGGAGGAUUGGCUGCUGUUCAGAAACUGUAGGGAUGGAGCUGAGCGGCUUACACUGUGGGGAUGGACAGAAACAGUCGGGGUGAAGUGGCAUGUAUACUGUAUUUUUUUAAUUGCUUCUCUGUCCUCUCACACGUCUGCCUGGUCGCCUGCUUGAGUUUUCAUCUGCAGUCAGGCAGAGAAUGUACUUUCACCAUGUGCUGUCUUUCAGUAUGUGUAAAGAAAGAUAAGUUAUGUUACUCUGAUGUCCUCAUGUUCACGCCUUUUAUAUGAGUAUUUUAUAGACAGUUGGAUUCUCUAUAGUGUUGAAAUUUUAAUUUACAUCUUGUCAUUCCAAUCGAGUUGUUUUCUGUUAUUUAUUGUUGAUUGUAACAUCUCUGACAAUCAUGAAAAGGUGCAAAAUAUCCUUUCCUUCUCCCUGACUGAACUGGCUUGUGCCAUAACUGCUUUACGUGCUGCUUGACGCCGAUACAAAGGAGUUUUUCACUGUAUGUUUCUACAGGUGUCGUUCAAAGAGACAUUUCUUGGUGGAAGUGUCACACUGACAUGUGCCUUUGCAUUCUUGUAAACCUCUUCUAGGUCUUAGUCACUUUCAAUUGGAAAAACAUAUCAACAAGACAGGAGCAAUAAGAGCAUGCCAGUUAGUGAUAAGCCUCUAGCAUAUUGCUUCUGCACAGCCUUACAUGGAGGACUGUUUAAUGUUAACUGCUGGUGUGAAAAAAAUUCACAAACUUUAUGCAAUUUUCUGCAAAACUUUUAGUAUACUGUGUAGUUUAAUACAAAUUGACAAUUUGUACAUUUUCCAGGGGUCAUAUUUGAUACAAAAAGUGGGAUGUCAUGAUAAAGGAACAUGUCUGUCACCUUAAACGGUGUGAGUGUGAAAUAAAGAGGUUGAAGGAUG